AUGGCCACAACACUGUCAUCGCAUGCCGUGUACUACCCGUCGCCUAAUGAUCGCCGAUCUGCCACUCAGUUGACAGAAGAGGAGCAGAUAAAGAUCGCGCAGAGAAUGGGUUUAAUACAACACUUACCCACCGGUGUCUUCGAUGGCAGCAAAAAGAAUAGGGAGUAUGUAGUGGUUGGGUGUGUCAUAUGUAUGGGUGAAUUCCUGAUCUCUGAGCCCAUCCGGUUCCUGCCCUGUAUGCAUAUAUACCACACGGACUGCAUCGACGACUGGCUCAUGAGGUCGUUCACGUGUCCGUCAUGUCUGGAACCGGUGGACGCGGCCCUACUGUCCACUUAUCAAACCGAUUAACGCAAACCAAUAGCUCUUAUAUCUCGGACUCAUUAUCUCUGAUGGGAAUCGUAUCGCAAUUCUUCUCUCAUUACUUCAGUGCUUACUAUCGGGUCAUAAACGCUAUCAUUCCUUAAGAGAUGUCAUCCAAAUGUGCGACAGAUGUCGAGUCGAUGAAUGAAUUUGAAGGCAAUUAAUGUGUUCUAGUCUUGGAUUAUCUCAUGAGUGCGAGGAGUUGGUCGCCAAUUGUUACCUUAGAUUUAAAAGUGAUAUAUAAUUGAAGUUAAAUAUAAAUAUAUAUUGAAUACGAUUAAC